CAUCAGCUGACUGGGGCGGAGCGGGGCGGUGACGCUGUCAACAUGGUGGAGUGACGGAGAGAGAUUUCUUGAAGAAGUCGGUAAGGGACAGCAACUACCCACGUACAUUGUGCUUAAGCUAGAACAUGGAGCACAUUGUAACCCCAAAGGUAGAAGAGGUUAAAUUAUUAGUCAGAUACAACAAUAAGAAGCCGGCCAUUGGAACCCUAUACCUAACUGCAACUCACCUGAUUUUUGUUGAAACUUCAGCAGAUGUGCGAAAAGAAACCUGGAUACUUCACCACCACAUUUCCAAUGUUGAAAAGCUACCCCUCACUGCUACUGGAUGCCCUUUAUUGAUACGAUGCAAGAACUUUCGUGUUGUACACUUUGUUAUUCCUCGUGAACGAGACUGUCAAGAUGUGUAUUUGUCACUACUUAAACUCUGCCAGCCAGUUAACUUUGAAGACCUCUAUGCGUUCCUGUAUAACCCUAAAGAAGGAGAAGCAAGCAGAAAAAUUGGAUGGACUACAGUUGAUGUAAAUGCAGAUUUUCAGCAUAUGGGGUUACCCAAUGAUUACUGGGAGAUAACUGACAUAAAUGCCACCUAUGGAGUUUGCAGCACAUAUCCAGCUCUGCUUGGUGUACCCAAAACUGCAAGUAAGCCAACUAUUGUGGGAAGCUCUAAGUUUCGGAGCAGAGGACGGUUUCCUGUACUUUCCUACUUUUACAAGAAGAAUAAUGCAACUAUCUGUCGCUGCAGCCAGCCUCUUUCUGGUUUCAAUGCACGCUGUGUAGAGGAUGAACAAAUGCUGCAAGCAAUCAGUGAUGCCAACAAGAGUUCUCCUUCAAUGUAUGUAGUGGACACCCGCCCUAAGUUGAAUGCAAUAGCCAACAGAGCAGCAGGAAAAGGUUAUGAAAAUGAGGACCAUUAUUGCAACAUCAAAUUUCAAUUUGUUGGUAUUGAAAACAUCCACAUAAUGAGGAAUAGCCUUCAGAAGCUGUUGGAAGUAUGUGAAAUGAAAUCUCCCUCUAUGAGUGACUACUUAACUGGCCUGGAGAGUUCUGGAUGGCUGCGUCACAUAAAGGCUGUAAUGGAUGCAGCACUUUUCCUUGUUAAGGCUGUUGCUCAUGAAGGAGCCAGUGUUCUAGUGCACUGUUCAGAUGGUUGGGAUCGAACGGCUCAAGUGUGCUCCUUGGCUAGUUUGUUGUUGGACCCUUAUUACCGAACCAUUAAAGGACUUAUGGUCCUAAUUGAAAAGGAUUGGGUAUCAAUGGGACACAAGUUUUCACAAAGAUGUGGACAUUUAGAGGGGGAUUCCAAAGAAGUGUCUCCAGUGUUUACACAGUUCAUUGAGUGUCUUUGGCACCUCACAGAGCAAUUCCCCUGUGCCUUUGAGUUUAAUGAGAAGCUGCUUCUUGACAUUCAUGAUCACGUCCAUUCGUGCCAGUUUGGGAACUUCAUUGGCAACUGCCAGAAAGAGCGAGAAGACCUAAAACUUCAGGACAAGACCUACUCUGUCUGGUCUUUUCUUUUGAAGAAAAAACAACAGUACAUGAAUCCUGUUUACAAAGAAGGAUGGAGUCAUGAUGUGCUACAACCCAACACUUUACCAUUCAACUUUAAGUUUUGGUGUGCAAUGUACAAUCGGUUUGAUAAGGGGAUGCAUCCCAGACAGUCAAUGCUGGAUCACUUACUGAGUAUCAUCAGUAAGAAACAUGAAGAAGAAGGAAAAAUGAAGGAACUUCAGAAGAAAAUAAGCACUGGAUCAGAAGAGAGCUCUUCUCAUUCUCAUAAAGUCUCUGUGGAUGAAAUCAAGUUGUCAUCUCCCAGUGCUUUCAAACCCAUCCAGAAUGAUAGUGGAACUUCAUUUGCCAAUGGGACAGAAUUGGAGCAAGAUGGCAUUCCAGAAUUGGAGCAAGAUGGCAUUCCAUCAAAUAGCGAUCUGAAAGUACACAGUCCUCAUGAAAAAUACCUACCUACUGAAACCUUUGAAGCUAGUCUCCCACCAGUGGAAAAUGCUGUCAUCACUGACCGUGUCAUAAAAGAGUAGUUUAGACAGAGUUCCAGCAGAAUGCUGUAGUAAGUAAAAAUACAAGAGUUGUGUAACCCAAGAAGAGAUUUGUCCUCCAGUGUUUUUUUACUACAUAUCUCCACAGGGGUAACUACAACAUACUGGUGUCAUGAGUUGUGUCAACCUCCACCACAGAUACCCUAGAACGUAAAGCUGAGACAUUUUAUUUCCCAUUAUGAACAGACUUUUUCAUUAGUGUUGGUGUGAUCACCACAAUGUAAUGAAUGUUCCAAUCACUUCAGCCUGUUGCACUAAGGUCAGUGUUGUGGAAGGAAGCAGAGCUCUUUGUGUGAUAUUCUGUAAGCAAGUAGCAACAUAGGUAUUCCACAGUGAAAGGUGAAGCCAAAAGCAGAAGUUAUAAGGCCCGUUUCUUCCAAAAGUAGGAGCUAAAAGAGGACAUGAGAAAGCAGUUGCAGCUCAGUUCAUAGACCUAAGUUUGUCAAGCACAAUAUACUGAAAUCCUGUUUUGAGGACCAAAAAAAUGCUAAUUUGUUAAUGACAUUUAGGGCAGCUGCCACAAUAUUGCCAAAGCCAUGGCUCUUUUGAGUAUGCACAAGUGAGUGCAGUUUAGUUUUCACAUCCAUUGUUUUCUGUUAAUUGUGUUGGAAAAGGUAUUGUUUCAUGAGCGAGUUGUUGGUUUUGGCCUUACUUAUUAUUAGAAAAAUUACUUCAGUGUAAUGGGUAAAAUGGCAUUUACCUAGAGCAAUAUGCAAAUAUAUAUUAACAUUGGGCAACUGAGAGGGACUAGUCUUGUUUACCCAUCAGUAAGUGCCGCUAAAAAUGUGUUGUUGACUUGAAAAGCUAUGCAAUGUCAUCUGUGUCACUCAGUGACAUAUCAGUUAUUGCCUAUUAUGUAGUCAUGUAGUUACUUGUUAAAAACUGCUUUGAUUAGCUGUUUCAAAUGUGAGUGUGUGUGUGCGUGAAAGUAUUGGGGCAAAAAAAAGUACAAACUUUUCAGUCCUGGGACAUGCUAGUUAGCAAGAGGGGAGCAACCCACCUCAAAACACCUCAUUUUUGUUAGAAAAAGCACUGACCUGAGGUUAUAGUGGGUGUGAGAUUACAAAUAAGACUGAAGUACUUGAUGCAGUUAAUUUGUGGGCUGUUGGUUGCCUUGAUUUAUGGCAAGCUUUUCACCAGUUGCACACAGAUUAAUAGGCUUCCUCUGUUGAGGGACUUUACCUUUUACACUGCUUACUUCUUUUUAAUUUUUCUAUACUCAGCACUGUGGAAAGGGAUUAAAUAAUAAUUUUGUAUUUUGUUUUUUUUUUUUUAUAGAUACAUGAUGUAUUAUCUCUGAAAAUGAUUUACAAUUUAUUUUCUAAUGGUUUCAUUUUUUUGGAAAAAUAGAAAAAAUAUAAUUUUGAUGCUAUUUCUUGCACAUUAAUUUGUUACACUUUUUGGUAAUUGUCAUGACAUUUGCAGGCAGAAAUGGUAGACUGUCAUUUUCAUCAGUCAUUUUUUACAGUUUAAAAAUAAGGACAUUAAUGCCAAACGUUUAUGUUCAUCUGCUAUGUACUGAGCCACACCUUGAUGCAUCUGAUCAGCGGUGUGGAGUGAAAGGCGUCUUAAUACUGUAACAUGUCCAGUUAAAUAGGCUGUUCUCCAGCUUGAACAAAAGAUGUCUGGGGUUUGUUAGUAGACUGUUUUUAUACUUUAGGCAGCUGUGCACACAUCAGUUCAGUGCCAUUAAUAGAAUAGCAAUCCUUAUCCUCACACUUGUCUUCCACUUGUGCUGCACAUGCUUUUAAAAGUCAAAAGCCUCAGGAGCGGCUGGUUUAGUUAGGGAAAGUUGGAUUUUAUGUUUAGAACUACGGUGCUUCAGAGCACAUAUCCCAGACUGCUUUCUGUAAGUUCAAACCUUACAUAUAUUAUUACAUGGAUUAAAACACUCAAAAGUGCAAAAAUCGCAUGUUGCAUUUGCUUCCAUUUUUGCUCAAGUCCAUAGUUUGCUGUUGGACUCUUCCUGAACCAGCUGUCUGUCAUCCAGGAGGCACAGCAUGCUGUAUCUUUGUCCACCAGCACAGCAUUCUUCUUUUUGAUUUAAUGAUUUUGACAGAAUGUGCGAGAAACUUUUGUUAUGGCUGCUUUGCUAUCCCAUCUGCUGUUGUGAAAGUGUAAAAAUACAGCAGAGUGGGAAAACAAAAGGCUGUAGGGAACAUGUGGAAUCUGAGUUUACUAGGUGUCCAGUAGUGUUUAUUACACCUAAAUGUCUUGCAGAGUGAUGAAGUGUGGCUGCUGUGCUUACAUUUCUAUGUCAAUAUAAGUACACUUGAUGCACUGUUAAUGUUUUUACUGUCUUCUGUUUAAAUUUUUGAUUCUGUAAAAGAUGUAUUUUCUAAAUGGUGAAAUUUAUUUUUUAUUUCAAGAUCUCUGUGUAAUAAAUACAUGCUUUAUGUAUUUUACAA